AUGGAAAUUGAAGAAAGUGAAGAACAUCAAGUAUAUCUUCCCGGGCAAGAAUUACAAAAGGAUGAGGUUCUUGAGGCGGAUCUGUCAGCUUACGAAAUGUUACAUCCUAUACACGUUGAAUGGCCAUGUCUCAGCUUUGAUGUUUUGUGGGAUAAUUUAGGAGAGGACAGGAAGAUGUACCCGGCCACAGCAUAUAUUGUCUCUGGAACCCAAGCGGAUAAACCAAAAAACAAUCAAUUGAUGAUAAUGAAAAUGUCCCAGCUACAUAAAACGCAAAAUGAUGAUAAAGACUCUGAUGGCUCAGAUGAUGAGGCCUUGGAUGAGAAUCCGAUCUUAGAACACAAAAGUUUAAAGCAUUAUGGAGGCGUCAAUCGCGUUAGAGUCACGCCACAAAAGGACCUUCAAAUAGCUGCUUCAUGGGCGGAAACGGGGAAAGUGCAUAUUUGGGAUUUGAAUCCAGUUAUAAAAUCGUUGGACACUACGGGUUACCAAAUUCCACAAAAAUCAUUAAAGCCGAUAUAUACGGUCGAAAGUCAUAGUACUGAGGGAUUCGCGAUGGAUUGGUCAGGAACUGUCCCCGGAAGGCUGAUAACAGGAGAUAUGCAUACACAUAUUUAUCUCACGACAAAAGCGCAAUCCAAUUUUACAGCGGACCGAAUACCGUUUGUAGGUCAUACGUCUUCGGUAGAGGACUUACAAUGGUCCCCCACAGAAAAAAAUGUAUUCGCUAGUGCCUCGGCCGAUCAAACAAUACGUAUAUGGGAUACUCGAAGUAAAAAGAAAGACGCUUUAUGUAUCAAGGCUCAUGAUUCGGACGUAAAUGUUAUUACCUGGAAUCGGAAAGUCGAUUAUCUGCUUGCUUCAGGUUCAGAUGAUGGCGUGAUAAGUAUAUGGGAUUUGCGUACUUUUGUAAAUAAAGGAACGAAACCUUCUCCUGUUGCUAACUUCAAAUGGCAUUCUGCGCCAAUCACCUCAAUCGAAUGGCAUCCCAUUGAAGAAUCAGUUCUUGGUGCAUCCGGAGCAGAUGAUCAAAUUUCCAUAUGGGAUCUUUCAGUUGAACAUGAUCCUGAAGAAAACUCUGAAAAGAUUAUCGGAAAGAAUGGCGUAGAGGUUCCCCCGCAGUUACUAUUUAUACAUCAGGGUCAAAAUGACAUCAAAGAGAUACAUUGGCAUCCACAGAUUCCCGGAUGCAUGAUUAGCACAGCUGCUUCCGGAUUCAAUAUUUUCAAGACUGUUUCUACAUAG